AUGCCUACCACUUCCAGCUCCGACCGCCUCGAUCCGGACUGCCUGAACUUUCUGAGGCGCGCCCACCGCAUGCUCGAUGGCACCGCCGCGUCCGCCGACGACGCUGGCGGUCGCGAGGCGGAGAUGCGCGCCGAGGUGGUGCGCACCGUCGUCGAGCAGCUGCGAGGGUCAGAGAUCGCGUGCGCGAGGCACGUCUUCGGCAGCGUCGCCCUUGCGCGCGUGCUCAGCGCCGCGACCAACGCGCAGCGCACCUCGCUUGCGGCUCCGAUCCUCGAGCGAGGCCAGCCGCUCACUCUGCUGAGCGACAAGUACGCGUCCCACGUGGUCGAGGCGGUGCUGGCGAUCGCCGCGGCCGAGGCCGCCGACGCAGCGGGCGGCGGCGUCGCCGGGCUGAUCGCGCCGUUCGUCGAUCGCCUCUGCGAGCCGGACGCCGCCGGCGGGCUGCCGCUCGCCGCCGCGAUGCGUGACCGGCACGGCACAUACGUGGCGCGCGCCCUGCUGCACGUGCUGUCUGGCCGCCCGUACGCGCCGCGCGGCACGGAGGGCGGUCCCGAGCAGCAGCCCGGCCGCCCGGCGGCGUCUCGCGGGGCGGGCAGCGGCUCGGGCAGCGGCUCGGCUGCUACCGACGAGCAGCCUCGCCCCGUCCCCGCAUCGUUUGGUCGCGCGCUGCAGCGGCUGACUGACGCGCUGCUGGGCGGCGGAGGCGUCCUCACGCGCGCGUCGCGGUUUAGCGGCGAGAGCGGCCGAGGCGCUGCGCUCGACUCCCUCGGCGCAGCCCGCGCCGAUGCCGCCAGCGGCGGCGGCGGAGGAGGAGGAGGAGGAGGCAAGCCGCGGCUGGCGAGCAAGGCUCCGCCGCCGCCGGAGACCGUGGAGCGUGUGCGGUCGCUCUCGCGGGACGCCCUCGGAUCACGGCUGGUCGAGGCGCUUCUCCUCGCCGCGCCGCGUGGCUGGUGGUCUCGCGUCCACGCAGCCUUGCGCGGCGACUUGCGCGCGAUGGCCUCGCACCCGCUCGCCAACUUCGUCGUGCAGGCCCUCGCCGCGUCUGCGCCGCGCCGCAAGGAGCUCUCUCUCCUCCUCGCCGAGGUCGGCCCCGCGGUGCCCGAGCUCGUCGCACAGCGCGCCGGCGUGGUCUGGAAGCUGGCGUCGGCGUGCUCGCGGCUCGGCGGCGGCGGCGCGGCGCUGCUCUCGGCUCUCGGCGCCGCCGACGAGGCCGACGGCGGCGGCGGCGGCGGCGACGGCGGCGAUCUCGCGCGGGCGAUCUUGCGCGUGGGCGCCUAUGCGCAGCAGGAGGGGGGCAACCAGGGCGGCGGGAAGGGCGGCGGGAAGGGGGGCGGCGCUCCUGCGGCUGGGCUGGUGGUUGGCAACCUCGGGUCUCGCAUCCUCGAGGCGCUCCUCACGCUGCCGUAUGCGGAGAGCCGCGCCGCGCUGCACUCGGCGCGGGAGCCGCUGCAGGAGACGCUGCGCUCGAACGCCGCGAAGCUGGUGCGCAGCCGCGCGGGCUGCUUCGUCCUCGGCGCCGCGUUCGACGCCUCCCCCACCGCGGCGCAAGAGUCGCUCCUCGCGGCGCUGGCGGCCAGCGAGGCGGAGCUGCGGGGGACGACGCACGGCAACGCGCUGCUGCGCCGGCUGCGCUUCGACCACUACAAGUCGCACCCGGGGUCGUGGGCGUCGAUGCAGGAGCGCGCGCAGCGCAAGCGCGACUCCUUCGCGGAGCUCUUCGCCGCGGAACCCGCCGCGAGGCCCGCGCGCGGCUCAAAGCAGCGCAGAGGCAAGGACGGCGGGGAGGGCAAGGCCGGCAGGGAGGGCAAGGCCGGCGGCGGCGGCUCUGCGGGCAGCGGCGCUCGCUGCCCGCCGGACGGCCCGAAGGGCGCGCCCAAGCGGCCGGCCCCCGCCGACUCCGGCUCCGCCGCAAAGCGUCCCCGCCCAGAGGCGGGCAAAGAGCGGGGCAAGGGGCCGACCCGCGCCGCCGGGGGAGCAAAGGCAGGCAAAAAGGGCAAGGCGCCCCCCGCCAGCCGGAUGGAGCGGCUGGCGGCCUUCUCCGCCGCCCUCAAGAUGUGA